UAUCUAUAUAAGGAGCGAAUGUUAGAGAGACCAGUCCUCAGUGUGGAGUGACGGCUUGCGCAAGACGUGUCCUGGGGAAGGAUGAAGCUCCUUAUCCUUUGUGUAAUUGUCUACAUUUUGUUGGCGGAGAGCAUGGGAGAAGUCUUGUCGAUCGGCCGGUGGAAAGAACAAGUAGUCGCACCGGAAUUCCUAUUGGACGAUCGCGAGGAUAUUUCCGAAGAUAAUCGAAACACGUUCCUCUACGAGGAUAAACAUAGCUUCCAUCCUGAGGGACUUAACGAGCAGGUCAAGCGAAUCGCCGGCGUUGAGGAUAUCGGUUUGCAGCCGCGUCUCGUAACGAGGUCCGUGCCGUGCAGCUGCGAGACGCAAUACGAAAUAAGGGAUCUGGGCGAGGGACGUUAUCCCCGAUACCUGACCGCCUCGAGCUGCAAGCCGAAGGCCUGCCAGAGCAAGUUCAAUUCCUGCCGACUGCUGCAUUACAUGGUUCACGUGUUGAGUCAACGCGAUUUAAGCGGAUUAGGUGAUGCUCGUUAUUCGGACGAUAGCGGACUUCAGGAAGCACCACUCCCGGAAGCGCUCCGUCAUAAGUGGCAACUGAAGCCGAUGAAGAUCCCAGUUGCGUGCGUGUCAGCGACAGGAUAGAAGAAAAUAAUAUAUGACCGGCUCGUAUGUGUGUAUCGUCAAACUCGAUUGAGGAGAUAGAAUCUAGCAUUCUCCAUCGAUCACGCCGAGGAUUGAUAAUUUUCCGACGAAUGGACGCGGCAUGUUGAAUUUUACGUUUUCGCUUGAAACACAUACACGGCAAAAACUGUGAAAUGUAAAAAAAACGAUGAAUAAAUAAACGUGUUUGUGA